AUGGCCAACCCAACAUCCUCACCGCCCCGGUCCUCACGACACCCCCUCCUAACAACCCUCUUCACAACAGUCUUCGCCCUCCUCGCAGUCGCGGGCGUCUACUUCAUCCGCAUCCAACCGGGCCACACCUCCUUCACCCGAAACCUCACCGACCUCGUCGAGACGGAGAAACUCCAAGACGGCUCCCGUCUCUACACGACCUACACCGGCCUCAAACCGCUCGACCUCGGCCUCACCUACCUCGUCGCCUCCUUCGCUCAGGGACCUCUGAGCCUCAACGAGCCGGCCAGGAUCCAGCAGAUCCACUUCCUGCUCAACUUCUUCCCGGCCGUGGUGGUCUUCAACGUCGAGGCCUAUCGCUCCAGGAACCGAUGGAGCUUCCUCAGCUUUCACGCCGCCUGGGCAGCGCUCUAUCAAACAGUAGGCGGCGGCGUCAUAAUUCCCCUCUACCACCUCGCCUACACCCUCCUCACCACGCGGAAAACCUACCUCGUCUCGGGCGGCGACGUGCCCCUCCCCCUCGCAAAUGCCCUCCUCCCGGCCUCCCUCCUCAUCUUCGCCCUCCCCACCGCGGCAAUGUACUACCCCUGGUCCUCCCCCCGCCUAGCGCAGAACCUCAUCGCCUUCUGGCAGGUCGUGCCCGUCCUCGUCAACGCCGGGAUCUGGCUCCUGGCAAGCACUGUUUACAGACCCAAACAAACUCCUGAAACUAAGAAGACGAAGACGGCCGCCCGCAAGCAAACAACCCUCGUCCUCCGCCGCCUCUACUCCACCGCCAUCCUCGUCGCCUCAGCAUCCCACUUCUACACCCUCUACACAAUCUUCACCUCCCAAAACAAAUCCCUAACCCUGACAAACGUAUUCCUUCCACUAAGCGACAUCUCAACCGGCGACGUCGGCACAGGCCUAUUUCAAAUCUUCCAGUGGGAUUUCUGGCUCAUCUUUGGCUCCUCGAGGCUGUGGUGCGCCCUCGUCGUCUACGACGUCCAGAAGCAGCGGCAAGGCAGGGUCAACCCCAAAAGGUUUCUGGCGUACUACGUCCUGGCCAACAACUUGGAGUUCGUCGUCGGGCCGGGGGCCGUGUUGGCGGGUGUUUGGCGGUGGAGGGAGGAGAGAUUGGUUGAGAUCGAGGCCAUGGCUGGGCGUCUGGAAAAGGAGCACUCUCUCUAA